AUGUCAAUCUUUGAUAGAGUGCGUGUGCCAAAGAGUGGUAUAAGUAGUACUCCUAUCACCUUCCCUUCUUUCAACAAUGAUAGUUGCGACAAUGGCAGGCUUAUUUGUAUGGGUUCAGUGACCGCAUUUAAUGGCUACUUGAGUCUUACGCCGGAACUAGAGCAAGAUAAUAAUUCAACCUCAACAUCAUAUCAGGAUUCACCUUACAAAGUUGGUCGGGUUCUGUUUCACCGACCUGUUCUAGCUUGGCCUGCCAUUAUUACCACUACCUUUACUGUCAGGAUUUCCACCUUCCCUAAUUCAACCGGUUCUGGAGAUGGGAUGACGUUUAUCAUGGCAGAGAAUAACCAUUCUUCACCACCUAAAAGCUAUGGGUCUUAUAUUGGAAUCAUGGAUGAAACCACAAAAGGCAGUAAAAAGUAUUCAAUUUGCUUGUAA